AUGUCAAAGUUGAGAACUGCAAUAUUGGUGUCUGCUACUAUCCUAGAAAUUCUUGUUGCUCCCCAUACUCUUCUACCGUUAUCAAUGGGCGACAUGCUUGCGGGCCUCAGCCAAAUACAACAGAAGCGCCUGUUGAUACGUCAUGCUGCCCAACAAACGGCUUCUGGGCAGAUUGGGGAGAAUGGAGCAGUUGUAGGUACUGAACCUGAGCUGCCGGAGCUUCCUAAGUGCGAAAACGGAAGCUGUUGUGUAAUCGGAGGUGUGUGGAGUGAGUGGUCUAGCGGUAACACAUGCUCUGAUGAAUGCGGAUUCUGCGGAACUACAACUCGAACUCGAGGCUGCAUAUCCGAACAAUUCGGAUGUCCAUGCUCGGGCCCUAGCACGAAGACCUCAGAAUGUGCGCCAACGCCAUGUCAGUUCCCUCGGGCAUCGUGCUGCGGAAAUCGUACAAAACAACUAUCCGUACAGAAAACGUUUCAGUGCUCCAGAAUGGACGACACUAGUCCUCCGCCAUCAGACCUCUGCUGGACUUGCUGUCCAUCUUCCGGAGGUUACUGGUCGGAGUGGACAGAAGGAGGAGCUUGUCCAGAUACAUGUGGCUCGUGCGCACAGGUCACACAGCAACGCACUUGUCUCACAGAGGCUCAGGGAUGUGCAUGCAGGGGACCGUCGUCACGACAGAAGAACUGCAACAUUGGUGUGUGCUACUACCCGCGCGACUCCUGUUGUUCACCUUACUCUUCCACUGUCAUAGAUGGCAAACAUGCAUGUGGGCCACAGCCUGUUCUUCCAGUAAAUCCGCCCUACGUGAAUACAUGUGGAGUUAACUGUUGUCCAACCAGAGGGAUUUGGGGUGAAUGGAGCAUCACCGUUCCGUGUAAUGAUACUUGUGGGUCUUGUGGAAGACAAGUCAGAUCUCGCAAGUGUCUUUCUCUACAAUACGGGUGUGCUUGCAGCGGAGACGCAGUAGAAAAUCAAGUUUGCGGGACAACCGUUUGUCUUUUCCCGAGAUCGACCUGUUGUGCUGGUUUCACAAAGAAGGUUGACACCGUAACAAAAAGCUUUUAUUGCGGUCCCCUACCAGUUGAGCCUGUGUUUAACCCAGAACAGACCACGUGCUGUGAUCCCGAAAAAACCGGUCUCUGGAACCAAUGGACCGAAUGGUCAAAAUGUACAUCCGAUUGUGGACUCUGUGGAACACAAACCCGUAAUCGUACAUGCGCAUCGCAACCGUAUGGUUGUCCGUGCACAGGAGAGACCACUGAGUCAAAGAAGUGUGGACAAGCAGCAUGCAUUACUGGUCAGGAAUGCUGCUCAGGAUACCCUGCUCUAGGUUACGAUGGAGCUAAAUUCUGCCAGCCUAAUCCGCCAGCACAAUGUCCGGGAACAUGGACGGAUUGGAUGACGGAACCGAGCGCCAAAUGUAACGAUACGUGUGGAAUGUGUGGUGUAAUACCGUCGUAUCGAUACUGCUGGCCAUCCGGCUGUCAAUGCACAGGAGCCUUCAAAAUGAACCAGCCAUGCGCACCAGCGGUAUGCGUAUUCCCUAGGACAACAUGCUGCGCUCCUUAUGUAAAGAAAAUCGUCAACAAGCAGUUCGUAUGUGGAUAG